CAAUAUUUUUAAACCCUCGAAAAUAAAAAAGUUGAACUGUCAAAUAGAAAAAUCACAGAGUAUUUUCGGGCAGCAGAAAUUUGUUGAUUGUGAGAGUUGUGGGUUUUUGUUCGUACUAUUGUUACGUUUUAUAAGGAAAUAAUAAUGUGGAAAAGAUGUUAUAAAUUGUUUCUAACUACAUUUCUAUUAGUGUAAUGUUAAAAACAUAAUCCUUCGUAUUGUGUAUAAAGGUUGCGUUAAUUAAAAACAACACAUAAUGGGCAACAUAAAAGAGCAUCAGCUAUACAUGGCGAGGAAUUCUGCAUUUAAUCCCUAUCGUCUAAGGGACCGUGAGAUGGGUUAUCAAACUACUGUCGGAUCAGGUGAUGCGAUUGCCAAGAGCCUGUACUGCGGCAUUAAACCUGUGGCAUCAUGGGAAGCUGAUAGAACGAAGACUCCUCCGACUGGGGGUAUUUUCAACCUUGAAUUUUCCCCGGAUGGAUCAUUGUUAGUGGCAGCUUGUGAAAAGAAAUCAAUACAAAUAUUUGACCCGCUCAACCGUGAGAAGAUACAUACAGUAGUUGGAUCUCAUGCCGAUUGCGUCAACUGUGUUAAAUUCCUCGAUGGCCGCAUGUUUGCAACAUGUUCAGACGAUACUACAAUAGCAUUAUGGGACGUUCGAAAUCUCAAAAAGAAAAUACGAACACUACUAGGUCAUUCAAAAUGGGUUAAAAAUAUAGAAUUCUCAGUUAAAGACAAAUUGCUAGUCACAUCGGGGCUAGAUGGUAGUAUAUACACAUGGGACAUAAAUUCCUACACAGAGUAUAACCUUAUAUACCAAAGAGUAUUUCAUACAUCUAGUUUGAUGAGAUGUCGGCUGUCUCCGGACUCGAAGCAAAUGAUAAUGUGCACGACUGGAGGACUUAUUAUAAUAAUACACGACCUGAAUCUAAAUACGCUGUCACAAGAUUUACAUGGAUUUAAGCCAAAUCUAUAUAGGUUGAUGCAAAUGAGCAGGCAGCCUAUACCUAUAGCCACGAUGUACGAUCACCUCUUUGAUAGCAGUCGCAAGGAAAACCGCGUUGAAUUUGUAUCGGACUUCCCAGAUGGAAAUGAUGCUGAGGUGGUCAGCUCUCUACAGGUUCAUCCCCAAGGUUGGAGCGCGUUGAGUAGAAAUAUCAGUCAUGAUGACAAAUCAGAGUGGACAUGUAUUCACGACAUUCAGUCUAUUCCUGACGCGAGUGAUAAGAGUACGCGAGACACCUCGCCAUCAGGCGGCGGCACCACGCACCCAGGGACACGACCUGUGAGGCGGCGUCCGAGGUACUACAGAACAAACCGAAUGCAUCACAUCAAUCCUAUGACUAUGACUCAUGUUAACUUAACUAUGGACGGUGAUGUCGUGGGCCCGGGGCCCAGCUCGUCGCGGAACGCGCCUGCGAACGCCAGCUCAGUGCCGCCCUCGCGUCUUUCCGGGGGUGUGUCUGGUACACAGAAUGACCUGUGGGAGGCGGCCAUCACGGUCAAACAGCAGAGAAUACUGCAGGAAAUGUACCACAGAGGACAGGUGCGGCGUAAUUUCAACAUGCAGCGUAUAACUGGCAUCAACUCGGGAAUCAAUCCUGCUAUACCGGUCACGCGGCCAGUGCUUAAUCGGAGGCAGCAAGAUGACGAGCCACCACCGCCAUUGCCAUUACCAAGUGAUCUCCACUCUCCCCGGUUCGAUGCAAGCUCUUCCCACCGAGAUGUUACAAUGGCAGAUUUCCGUUCCGGACAGGCAUUAACAUUACGGUCUAGCAGAGUCUGUGCAUUCCAUGCGCCAAAUGUCAGAAGUAUAACACCGUCAACGUCUGGACAGACUCCACCGCGCGACCCUGAACCUAGCGACAAUCAUACCAAAAAUCUCAUCCGACAAAACAAAGAACGGCUACUAUAUUUCAAAGAGGAGACUAAUGAAGGAAGAGGUUUUAUAAAGGAACUAUGUUUCUCAUCUGACGGCCGCAUCGUGUGUUCUCCAUUCGGGCGGGGGAUGAGACUGCUCGCCCUCAACGAGGAAUGCUCGGAGCUCCCGUACACAGUGCAGAGUGUGACCGCGCCCACGCAACUAACGGAGAUAGGCCAGAGCCUCGGCAUCCACCAGGACCUCGUCGUCAGCACCAAGUUCUCACCGCGUUACCACAUGCUCGUCACGGGCUGCCUCGAAGGCAAGAUAGUGUGGUACCAACCCUUCAGUGGCGAAUUCUAAUACAAAUACUGUAUGGAUCAUUCUGUACUUAUCACAAUUUUGACAUUUUAUAACUAGCUCAGCAGCUCAGCUACCAUACUGCCUGACUUUUCUGUCAGCAGACAUACUUAAACUGUGACUGACAUAGUUACUGAUCAAUCAAUCAUGAUAAUAUUUGACAUUAGCAUCCAAUCCAACAAAUAUAGUAGUUUAAGCAGUCAGUAUCAGUUAAGUAGAAGGCUUGAUACUUAAGUUACAGAUAAUUAUUUUAGAUCAUUUUCUCUUAAGUAGAAUCAGUAUGAAAACUUUGCCAUUUUUGCAUUUGGAUGUCUGUAAUCAGUAGAGUUUAGUCACUUUCUAAAUUCUGCAGUUACAAUAGUCACAUUUUAUUAUGAGGAAUUUAUAUAUAAGGCUGAAUAUAAGUGUAUGUAGUCGGAAUGAUUGUUACGCUCUGGCUGGCUGGUUUUCGCAAUGAUCUAUUGUAGUUUUUAGAUGAUAUUUAUAAACAACCCUUGUAUAGUCAUACAUUUGAUAUAUAUGUAGUAAAUGUUCUCAAAUAUUCUUGGACGGCCAGAACGCCCGCCAGGUUGAGAUAAUGCAGUUAUUACUUAAUAAAACUUAUAAUUUACCGAA